UUGCAUAGUUGCAGUAAUUUUCUCCGCAUUGACUUACCUCGUUUUACUUGCUGCGCGAUUUUAGUUACGCCAGAAAGCAACCGAUCUGACCAGUUGAAAAUUAUCAAAGAAAUCGAAAGCGAAGUAUUCCACCCACAGGAGUUUUAUUCGACCAGAAGCGAACGACCUGACGAGAAAAAAUGUGACGCGUCAGUGGAACUAAUGGAAGAACGACUUUCGGGUGAUCACGCGAGGGCUAUGUUUGGUAAAGUUUCGGCAUCCUCAGCAGAUGCUUGCGUUGCGAAAGUACCUGUACAGGAUGUUCAGCAGGUCGAUUCAUUCUACGCGCCCGAACAGCAGAACGUGUUCCCAAUGGCGCAUGAAAGCGUAUGCAUUUUUACAUUACUAGACGCUGUAUGCAUGAACCUUAGUCAACCAUAA